AUGGAGUCGUUAACUUCGCCGCCGUGUCUCCGACUAACUCCGACGGUACACCGUCAGUUCCAUUCGCGUCGAUCUUACUUCGCCGGUGACAUUCACGGUGGCUCUUCUGUAAACAAAUCCAAUAGCCUCUCAUUCUCCUCAUCUGCAUCCGGGUUUUCAUCACCACUCGCUGUAGCGAAGGAGCUACGGUCUUCGUUUGUACAGACGGCUGCUGUUCGUCAUGUCACUGGGUCUCUUAUCAGAGGCGAAGGUCUUAGAUUCGCCGUCGUUGUUGCUCGUUUCAAUGAGGUUGUGACUAAGUUGCUUUUAGAAGGAGCCAUUGAAACUUUCAAGAAGUAUUCAGUCAGAGAAGAAGACAUCGAAGUUAUAUGGGUUCCUGGUAGCUUUGAGAUAGGGAUUGUUGCACAAAAUCUUGGGAAAUCGGGGAAAUUUCACGCUGUUUUAUGUAUCGGUGCUGUGAUAAGAGGAGAUACCACACAUUAUGACGCUGUUGCCAACUCCGCUGCAUCCGGAGUACUUUCCGCUGGCAUAAAUUCAGGCGUUCCAUGCAUAUUUGGUGUACUGACAUGCGAGGACAUGGAUCAGGCUCUGAAUCGAUCUGGUGGCAAAGCCGGCAAUAAGGGCGCUGAAACUGCAUUGACGGCGCUCGAGAUGGCGUCAUUGUUUGAGCACCACCUGAAAUAG